CGGAACUAAACAGCAAAACCCGGAUGUUUCCCCAUGUCAACACUUCCUGUUGUGUUUUCAGCUUUUCAAACCAGGAAGAUGGAUUUGCUGUCGAACAAAUGGAUCAUCAACUUGAUAGUUUGUUUGUUUUUCAUAGGUGUCAGCUGUAAUUCUGUGGAAAAGAAGAUUUAUGUGCAUCUUAAUUACACUGUCCCAUGUGUACGACUGCUAAACGCAACACAUCAAAUAGGCUGCCAGUCCUCUUUAUCAGGUGAUGUCGGUGUGCUCCAUGUGCUCAACUCAGAGGAAAACCUGGAGUGGGUCCUGAGGUCUGGUCCCAACCCUCCUUAUAUGGUUAUUCUGGAUUCCACACUCUUUACAAGAUCCGUCAUGAUGAAACUGAAAAACGGCUCCAGCAGGAUUGCUGGUGUUGUUGUUGUGGCACCGAGCUCGAAUCCAGCUAAGGGCUUCUCUCCGCACACCGCCUGCCCCAACGAGAACUCAGGUGUGUAUUCAGAGAGCUAUGACCCAGCCUUAGCCCACUGUAAUGUGACGCUGUGGAACCCUCUGGGAAACGGCUUGUCCUACGAGGAGUUUGAUUUUCCAAUCUUCUCUCUCAAAGACGACAACGACACUCGGGCCAUAAAACAGUGCUACUUUGACCAUAACCAUGUUGUGAAUGGCAGUCGUCCUCGGUACCCACUGUGCGCGAUGCAGCUCUACUCACACAUGUCUGCUGUCACCAACACUGCCACCUGCAUGAGGAGAAAUGGCAUCAACUUUAGCAUAAACCCAGAGAUAGUAUGUGACCCACUUGGAGACCUUAAUGUUUGGGCCUCGACGAAGCCUCUGAACAACACAGAGAAGGGCCACAAGCCGGGGGAGAGCGUGGUCAUCGCUGCAGCCAGGCUGGACAGCCGCUCUUUUUUCUUUGACAUCGCUCCAGGCGCAGAGAGUGCAGCCUCGGGGUUCGUCACCUUGCUGGCGGCGGCACAUGCUCUGCACGGCGCCAUACGGGAGGCCCAACCCAAACGUACCAUCCUCUACACCUUCUUCCAAGGGGAAACCUUUGACUACAUCGGCAGCUCGAGGAUGGUGUACGACAUGGAGAACAAAGAGUUUCCUUUAGACCUGGACAAUAUUCACUCAAUGCUGGAGAUCGGACAGGUGGGACUCCAUGGAGAAUCAAAGCUCUGGCUUCACUCUGAUCCUGUGUCUCGGAGGAACAGCAGUGUAAAUGAAGAGGUGAGGAAGCUCAUCGACAACUUGAACUCAUCUGCCUUAAGUCUCAACUUCUCAUUGCAAGAGCCCAGUUUCUCUCAGCCACUGCCUCCGUCAUCCUUCCAGCGUUUCCUGCGAGCUCGGCCAAUCCCCGGUGUCGUUAUCGAAAAUCAUAACUCUGAAUUCACCAACAGGUACUAUGAAAGUAUGUACGAUAAUGCAGAGUACCUGAACAUGUCUUACCCACCAGACCUGACGCCGGAGGAGCAGCUGGAAUACAUCACGGACACUGCGAAGGCUCUGACUGAAGUGGCGACCCUUGUGGCUCGAGCUCUGUACACACAGGCAGGGGGAUCAGACAGCCAGCUGAAAAACAUUAGCGCAGAUCCUCAGAUGGUGACCCGAAUGCUCUACGGUUUCCUUGUUAAGUCAAAUAACUCCUGGUUCCAGCAAGUAAUAUCUUCAGACUUUGCGAACCAUCUGAAUGACAGACCCACCAACUUCUAUGUCGGUGUGAGUCAGCAGGCCAGUGAACCGACUGUUCUGGUCCAGUCCCUGCUGGCCAACCUGACCGGCACCGUCGUGAAUGUCACCCAGGAGAACUGCCAGAACCAGAGAGAGGAUGAAGAUGACAAAGAGAGCAAACAUACAUACAACUACAUGUGGGUUCAAGGUGCAGCACCUCCCAACAGUACAGAACGAGUGGGGUUCUGCGUUCGCUCCACAGUUCGUUACUCCAAAGCGCAGUCCCCAGCCUUUGACCUGGAGCAGUACACCUCCAAAGAUUACUCAACGUGGACAGAGUCCAGGUGGAAGAGCAUUAAAGGGCGCAUAUUCCUGGUGGCCAGUCACGAGCUGGAGAUGUUGACGCUUGGUGUGGGUGUCGGCGUGCUGCUAGCAUCCUUAAUGUUGACGUACAUCGUCAGCUCGAAGGCCGACAUACUCUUCAGCUCGGGGAGGGAGCCCGCCGCCGCCACCUACUGAUUCACUCAGAAGCGCCUCAGGCCCACGACCACUACUACUACUAUUGCUACUACUACUUCUAUCCCAACCAGACAUGGACAGUUUUCUUUAAAACACACCACGAGUAGGUACACAGACAGGUUAGACUCAGUAACGGGGUGGGGUAGGGGUUCCUUUUAGAUGACGACUCCGUGUUUAUGGACUCACUCGUGUGAGGCGUGACAUGAGGACUGGACCGGACUGGAUUGGCCUGGAUGGAUCUGGACUCAUCAGGGUCAUACAACCCCACUGGUCAGGCACCAGCAGGCCCUGCAGUGGAAAAGAUGUUUAUAUUUUUUGUUUCAGGUUUUUGUUGUUUUUUCCCCCUUUUUAUCCUUAAAGAAUGUUUUGUUUACUAUGUCAUGGGAUAGGCACUAAACGUUGAGCAUUACUUUGAGGUGCGUGUAUGUGUGUGUGUAUGAUUUUGAAAAUGUGAAUGCAGCCGAGUUUGUGUGUGUGUGUGUGUGUGUGUGUGGGAACAGUUGAUCGUGUGUGCUCAGUGUGCAUCUGUUUGUGCGAACCCUGUAUGAGGAUCGCCAUGGUAUGUGCAAUACUGUAGCUGUCUUCUCUGUCAGUGUAGUUAACUUAUCAAUCAGUUUGAAUGAUAAUAAACCACUUUGUGAAUCAAUAAGUAGUAAUAUGACAAAUUUAACACUUUGCAAAAUCUGGAAAUGUGCAGUGAAGUAUUUUGAUAAGUUCUAGGCCUCAAGGAGUUCUAUUAAAAUAUAUAUCAUUCAGCCCAAGUACACAUACUGAAACUGUACUUGUAGAGCCACUGCAGUUUCACAUAUUGUGAUAUUUGAAUGGGAAUUUUCCAAAAGUCAUCAGUCAGCUACCAUAAUCUAUAAAAAAAAACAUUCAGAAAAUUGUAGAUUUAACAAUGAAAAACAAAAUGCUGGUACUCUGGCUUUGCACUCUUUGGUUCAUAUUUUUUUCCCACAAGGUUUCUUUUCUGAAGAUUGUGUGACGCACGAGAUUGAUGAUGGGUGUUUGUUUUAAUAGAUGUAAUUAAAAGACCAAUUGUGAUGCCUUGA